AUGGCCAAAUUGUUCCGCGCUGCUAUAAUGGGUCCUCCGGGAUCAGGUAAAGGAACCAUAUCAGAGAGAAUUGCGCAAAGCUUCGGCCUGCAGUAUUUAUCCAGUGGUCACUUCUUACGUGAGAGCAUAGCAGCCAAUACAGAGGCAGGAGUAGAAGUAAAGACAUAUGUGGAAAAAGGCAUGCUGGUUCCUGACCAUGUGAUGACCAGGCUGAUGAUGCCCAGACUCGAACGCCUAAGUGGCCAAAGUUGGCUUUUAGAUGGUUUUCCACGGACACUUGCACAGGCCCAGUCCUUAAACAAUUUGUACCAGCUUGACUUGGUGAUCAGUCUCAACAUCCCUUUUGAGACGCUUAAGGACAGACUGAGUGACCGCUGGAUCCACCCAAGCAGCGGUCGAGUUUACAACAUGGGUUUCAACCCACCACGAGUUCAGGGAGAAGAUGACAUUACUGGUGAGCCGCUGAUUCAGCAUGAUGAUGACAGACCAGAAGCUUUGAUGGCCAGACUGAGACAUUACAAAGAUGUGGCUAAGCCCGUCAUUGACUUAUACAAGUCACAAGGAAUCCUUCACUCAUUCUCUGGUACAGAAACAGAUCGAAUUUGGCCUUACAUCAACUCCCUCCUCAGCACUAAGAUGCAAUCACAGCCAUUUGAUGCCCAUCAAAGCCAGGCACCCUGA